AGCCCUUCCCUGCCCCAGAUUGCCCAGCCCCCCCUUCUGAACCCCCCCAGCCCCUCUCUGAGAGCCCCCUAGCUGGUCACUGCCACCCCCUCCCCGCCGCCAGCUGGUCCCCGCGCCCAGGAGGCAGCCAGCAGCAUCUGGGCCCCGGCCGGCUGAGCCCCCUUCCCGCGGGGGAACAUGCGCCCCGUCCCCGCGGAGCUGGGAGCCCCUGGAUCCUGACAUGGCCACGCCGGGCUCUGAUCUGCCGCUGGAGGAUGGGGAGCCUCCGCCCCCCAACUCCCCGGGAGCCCCCCGGACCCAGGUGAAGGAGGAGGGGCCCCAGUCGAGGCCGGAGGCAGCAAUCACCCCAGAGACCGAUGUGCUGGGCACUGAUGGGGAGGGGUCGACGCACAGUGCUGCGGAGGAGCCGGAGCGGCGGCGGAAGAAGGGGCCGGCGCCCAAGAUGCUGGGCACGGAGCUGUGCAGCGUCUGCGGGGACAAGGCCUCGGGCUUCCACUACAACGUGCUGAGCUGCGAGGGCUGCAAGGGCUUCUUCCGGCGCAGCGUGAUGAAGGGGGCGCAGUACGUGUGCCGGGGCGCCGGGCACUGCCACAUGGACAUGUACAUGCGCCGCAAGUGCCAGCUCUGCCGCCUGCGCAAGUGCCACCAGGCCGGCAUGCGCGAGCAGUGCGUGCUGUCAGAGGAGCAGCUGCGGAAGAAAAAGGUGCGGCAGCAGCAGCAGCAGCAGAAGGGCGCGGGGGGGGAGGCGCCGCUGCCGCGGGUGCCCCCCCUGCCCCCCACGCCCCUCACCGAGCCAGCCCGGCUCAGCCCCCAGCAGGAGCUCAUGAUCCAGCAGCUGGUGGCAGCCCAGCAGCAGUGCAACAAGCGCUCCUUCAGCGACCAGCCCAAAGUCACGCCCUGGCCCUUGGGCACCGACCCCAACAGCCGGGAGGCCCGACAGCAGCGCUUCGCCCACUUCACCGAGCUGGCCAUCAUCUCGGUGCAGGAGAUCGUCGACUUCGCCAAGCAGGUGCCCGGCUUCUUGCAGCUCACGAGGGAGGACCAGAUCGCGCUGCUCAAGGCCUGCACCAUUGAGAUCAUGCUGCUGGAGACGGCUCGGCGCUACAACCAUGAGACGGAGAGCAUCACCUUCUUGAAAGACUUCACCUACAGCAAGGACGACUUCCACCGUGCCGGGCUGCAGGUGGAAUUCAUCAACCCCAUCUUCGAGUUCUCGCGGGCCAUGCGACGGCUGCAGCUGGACGACGCCGAGUUCGCCCUGCUCAUCGCCAUCGACAUGUUCUCGGCCGACCGGCCCAACGUGCAGCAGCACGGCCAGGUGGAGGCGCUGCAGCAGCCCUAUGUCGAGGCCCUGCACGCCUACACCCUCAUCAAACGCCCGCAGGACCGGCUGAUGUUCCCACGGAUGCUAAUGAAGCUGGUCGCCCUGCGCACACUCAGCAGCGUCCACUCCGAGCAGGUGUUCGCCCUGCGCCUCCAGGACAAGAAGCUGCCCCCGCUGCUCUCCGAAAUCUGGGAUGUGCACGAGUAAGGGGGGGCCGGGACCUUCCCCCCCCAACGCAGACUGCAGGGACCCCCCUCCCAGCCAGACCCCCCCGCGGGGCCUCCAUGGAUGGAGCAUCCCCAUCACCGCCUGCAGGGGGCACUGUGUGCUCCAUUCCCCCCAAACCGGGGAGCCCCCCAGCCGGGGGAGUGGGCGGGCAGCCUCAGAGACUAUGGGGGGCUGCCGUGGGUCGGCCCAGCCCCCUCCCCCGAUCUGGGGAGGGCUACGAAGCACUUUUCUCUGCCCCACGCCCACUUACCUGCCCCGGGGGAGCCUGCCGGGGGGGGGUGGGGUGGGGGCUUCAGGGCUGAGCUGGCCCCAGCCCCGUGCUGGAGCGUGGAGCCGGGGGCCCCCCCUCUGCCGACACCAAGAGCUGUAUUUAUUGGGGAGGUCCUCACAGGGGCGGCGCAGUAACCCCUCCCCCUAACCUGGGUCCCCCCCAGCAGACAGGACCCUGCCCCCCACGCUGCUUCCUGCUGUGCACAGGUCGUGAGCGCCCACCCCGCUGGACUCGGGCUGCAUGGAUGGGGCGGCUGGGGGUGCCCCAAAUAAAGCAAAUCAUGGCACAGCAGUUUGUGUGUGUGUG